AUGAGGUACAUCGUCUCUUUUUGGUACACUGUCUCAGGGAAUUCUCUCCACACCCUGUUCUUGCCGCUGGGAGCGGUGCACCGACCAGCCAAAGGAAAAGGCCGCCUGAAUUCAGGCAGUCUCAACUCCGUCCUCUUCCUGCUCUGCCCGGCCCCGGACGCAGACGCGGCUGUGACGCGGCCGCCGGCCCCCGGGCUGGGUACUCUGUCGCGCGGCCGCUUCCCCCCCGGCCGGGCCCCGCGCGCCGUCCCCCGCGUCCCGCCGAGCGCCCGGCCCCCGGGGGGAGGGCGGCAGGCAGGCAGGCAGGCAGCAGGGCCGGCCGGCGCCAGCGGCGCGCAGCGGGGACCUACGGAGCCGCGCAACCCGCCGAGCCUGGAGCCGGGCCGGGGCGGGGAAGCCGGCUCCCGCCCGGAGCAAACUUCGCGGCCGGGCGAGGGGCGGCGGGGCCCGCGUCCGGAGCCGGAGGCGGGGCCGGCCGCCGCGCCCGCGCCCGCGGGCACCAUGCUGUCCGGCGCGGGCGCCGCGCCCCCGCCCGCCGCCGCCGCCGCCGCGGCCGCCGCGCCGUGCUGCCCGCCGCCCGCGCCGUGCCCCGGCCCGCCGCCGCCCCCUGCCCCGGCGCAGCCGCCGCCGCCGCAGUUCCCCCAGUUCCACGUCAGGUCGAGCCUGCAGAUCAAGAAGAACGCCAUCAUCGACGACUACAAGGUCACCACGCAGGUCCUGGGGCUGGGCAUCAACGGCAAAGUUCUGCAGAUCUUCAGCAAGAGGACGCAGGAGAAAUUCGCCCUGAAAAUGCUGCAGGACUGCCCCAAGGCCCGCCGCGAGGUGGAGCUGCACUGGCGCGCCUCGCAGUGCCCGCACAUCGUGCGCAUCGUGGACGUCUACGAGAACUUGUACGCGGGGCGGAAGUGCCUGCUGAUCGUCAUGGAGUGUUUGGACGGCGGAGAACUGUUCAGUCGAAUCCAGGACCGAGGAGACCAGGCCUUCACGGAACGAGAGGCCUCGGAGAUCAUGAAGAGCAUCGGCGAGGCCAUCCAGUAUUUGCACUCGAUCAACAUUGCCCAUCGGGAUGUCAAGCCUGAGAACCUCUUAUACACCUCCAAAAGGCCCAACGCCAUUCUCAAGCUCACUGAUUUUGGCUUUGCCAAGGAAACCACCAGUCACAACUCUCUGACCACUCCUUGUUACACGCCAUACUACGUGGCUCCAGAGGUACUGGGCCCAGAGAAGUACGACAAGUCCUGUGACAUGUGGUCCUUGGGUGUCAUCAUGUACAUCCUGCUAUGUGGGUACCCCCCCUUCUAUUCCAACCACGGCCUUGCCAUCUCUCCCGGCAUGAAGAGUCGCAUCCGAAUGGGCCAGUAUGAAUUCCCCAAUCCAGAAUGGUCAGAAGUAUCAGAGGAAGUGAAGAUGCUCAUCCGGAACCUGCUGAAGACCGAGCCCACCCAGAGGAUGACCAUCACCGAGUUCAUGAACCACCCCUGGAUCAUGCAAUCGACGAAGGUCCCUCAAACCCCACUGCACACCAGCCGGGUCCUGAAGGAGGACAAGGAGAGGUGGGAGGACGUCAAGGAGGAGAUGACCAGUGCCUUGGCCACGAUGCGGGUUGACUACGAGCAGAUCAAGAUAAAAAAGAUUGAAGACGCGUCCAACCCUCUGCUUCUGAAGAGGCGGAAGAAAGCGCGGGCCCUGGAGGCAGCGGCCCUCGCGCACUGAGCCAGGCCUGCUGCUCCACUGGAGGACAAGCAAUAACUCUCAACCCGGAUGGAUUUUUUAAACAGAGACCCAGAGCCGCGCCUCCUCCCGCUUCCUCUUCUCCUCGGCCGCGUGGGGUCCGGACCUCUUCAGAGGCAGCGCUCUGCCUUCGGUUCUGGCCACCUGCUUGAGAGGGGGUGCCAGGGAGGCCGCGCCCCGGGGAGAGGGAGCACCAUGCUCUCGACCCUGUGCUCAUUUGGCAAUUUUAUCAGUAAUUUGACUUAGAAUUUUUACGAACCUUCUUUUAUCGUUCUUGCCCUCACUCCCGCCCGUGUCCCCCAGUCCCCGUCCUGUCCGGAGACUGCAAGGGUUUGGGGUAUGUCCUAGGGUGUCCGUGGAACCCUCCCGAGGGGCGUCCCUGCGUGGCCCCGCUGGUACCCUGACUUCCCCACUACGGCCCCAGGUCCCCACUGGCUGAGGCCUGCCAGGAGCUGCAGACUGUGGGGGCCGGGCCCGGAGGCUCUGCUGAGCCCUCGGAUGUCCCCGGUGUGCCAGGCGGAUAGGAGUGAGUGUGUGUGUACGUGUGUGCGUGUGCGCGCGCCCGGAUCAGUGCCUGUGCGCGAUGGGCCCCUGAUGUGCUCGGGACCAUCUCCCCCCGCCCCCGGGCCCACCCUGCCCGCGCUGGGCCUGCCCAAGUGCCUGGGAGCCUGUCCGGGCCCUGCGCCAGGCCGCCCCCGCCGCCUGUGUGGGCGGGUCCGGGCGCAGGCGAGGGCGCGCCGACCACUGGCGCAGCGGCAGGAAAACGGGAGCCCUGCUCGGAACCUUCCGCCGGUUUGUGCCGGUCCUAGGCCUCCGCCGAGGCACCUAGCUACCCCUCUGCGCCCCCUUCCUGCCGUCCUCAACCUGCUGGUGUGUGCUCUCACGUCUGCAGCCGUUUUGCAGCAGGCCCGCCCUCAGCCCACGUUGGUGAGCUUGCGUUUCGAGUGCCUCCCGGGCUCCGGGGCGUCGGUCCGCAGCCCCCUCGGGGCGAGGGCGGCAGCCCAGUGGCCUCUGCAAGUGUCCGUGGCCCAGCGGGCGGGUGGGGGAGGCUUCGCACCAAAGAUGUCCCGACUCUGCCCCUCUCCCACCAGCCGCUCCCCCGCCCCCCGCCCCAAACAACUCAGCGACGUGUCCAGGCCAGUGUGGGGUGGGGAGGCCCCGUGUUAACCGGAGCGCUGUGGGGAGGGCCCCGGGGCAGGGGGCAGUGAUGCUCCAGCUCUCAUCUCCCUCGGGCGGGGCUGGGGUACCCGGGGCCUUCUCGGGGUGCGAGGGCAGCGCGCCGAUGCCCGCAGCGCCUGCCCGCCUCUGACGGCGCCCAGCUCUCAGACUGUUGUAAACUCUUGUCGUUUUGUAUGAGCAAAAUUGUCUUUACUAAACAGAUUUAAUAGUUGAAA